GUGGCUCACUGAAGGUUGGGGGUGAGGGUGUCCAGACCAAGGCCACUUGGGCAAACCCUGGGGGCGGCUCCCGCCGCACGCUCGGGUCAGCCUCCCCUUUAAAAAAACCCGCCCGCGGAGGAGGCGGAUGUAGGGGCGGCCCAUCCAAUGGCAGCUGCGCGCCUCAGGAGACUUGGAGACGUGAGCCAGAACGAGCGACAGAGCCGGUUCGCACCGACAGACCGACGGAGGGCCAGACAGCCGCAAGGCGAGCGGUGCCGCUCCGGGGGCCUGACCCACCCCCGUCCCCCGCACUCCAGCACCAGCGCCCGUCGCCGCCCCAGAUCCGGCGCGAUGCGCGGCCCUGGCGGCGGUGCAUGGGCUACCACUGCCCCUGGGCCCGCAAGCCCUGGCCCCUAGCGCCCAGCGCCGUCGCCCGGUAUCAGGGAGGGCCUCGGGGACCCCGGUCUUAGCUGGCGCAGGAGCCCUGCCGGUGGGGCCUGUUCAGCCCCGCCAGGCGCGCCGGCCCACCAUGCUCCUGCUGUCGCCGCGCAGCGCGCUCCUCUACGUCUAUUGCCCGCAGAUCUUUCUCCUCCUGUCCAGCGGCAGCUACCUAGCACUGUCGUCCGUCGUGGCCCUGGGAGCCAACAUCAUCUGCAACAAGAUUCCUGGCUUGGCCCCGCGGCAGCGCGCCAUCUGCCAGAGCCGGCCCGAUGCCAUCAUUGUGAUCGGGGAGGGGGCGCAGAUGGGCAUCAACGAGUGCCAGUACCAGUUCCGCUUUGGGCGCUGGAACUGCUCGGCCCUCGGUGAGAAGACCGUCUUUGGACAAGAGCUCCGAGUAGGGAGCCGCGAGGCCGCCUUCACCUACGCCAUCACGGCAGCUGGCGUGGCCCACGCGGUCACUGCCGCCUGCAGCCAGGGCAACCUGAGCAACUGUGGCUGCGACCGCGAGAAGCAGGGCUACUACAACCAGGCGGAGGGCUGGAAGUGGGGCGGCUGCUCCGCGGACGUGCGCUACGGCAUUGACUUCUCCCGGCGCUUCGUGGACGCCCGCGAGAUCAAGAAGAACGCGCGGCGCCUCAUGAACCUGCACAACAACGAAGCGGGCAGGAAGGUCCUGGAGGACCGCAUGAAGCUGGAGUGUAAGUGCCACGGGGUGUCGGGCUCGUGCACCACCAAGACCUGCUGGACCACGCUGCCCAAGUUCCGCGAGGUGGGGCACCUGCUCAAGGAGAAGUACAACGCGGCCGUGCAGGUGGAGGUGGUGCGGGCCAGCCGCCUGCGGCAGCCCACCUUCCUGCGCAUCAAACAGCUGCGGAGCUACCAGAAGCCCAUGGAGACAGACCUGGUGUACAUCGAGAAGUCGCCCAACUACUGCGAAGAGGACGCGGCCACGGGCAGCGUGGGCACGCAGGGCCGCCUGUGCAACCGCACCUCGCCGGGCGCCGACGGCUGCGACACCAUGUGCUGCGGGCGCGGCUACAACACGCACCAGUACACCAAGGUGUGGCAGUGCAACUGCAAGUUCCACUGGUGCUGCUUCGUCAAGUGCAGCACCUGCAGCGAGCGCAGCGAGGUCUUCACCUGCAAGUGAGGCCCCGCCCGCCCGCCCGCCGGGCAGCGCCCCCGGCUCCUGGGCCCCGGGAGCCAGCGAGGCCCUCUCUCUUCCUGGGGAAAGUGGACCUCGAGGACACGCGUGGAUCUCAGGACAGAGUGACAAUGAGACUCUGAGGUGGCCUGCCUGCCGGGUACCAAACACCGAGAGGCCACACUGGCCGGUGACGCUCGAAACGGUUCCCUGGCCAUGCCCCCAGGGCGGGCAGCGGGCACAGGCGUUGACGAGGUUAUUUAUGUUUUCCUGGCAACAUGAGAGGGUCUCGGCCCCAGCCAGCGGGAGCCGUCCUCACUCCACGCCACGCGGCCCCCAGUGCCCCUCUGCCCUCUUCCAGCCCCUGGCCAUCAGGCCUUCUGUCCCCACAGGUCACAGGUGCCAGCGGCUGGCAGGAGGCAUGUGGGUCCCAGGGUAGAGCUGGGCAGGGGCUCGGGGGGUCUAGAAGAGGGCCUCAGGAGCGCGUCCCUCCUGUCCUGGAAACCAUGUCCAGCAAAUCAAAAUGUCACCGCACUGGCCCCAGGAUUGCCACAGCCCCCCACACCCUCACCUGCCAGUCAGACACUAACCUGUCACCUCCCAUGCUCGGGGCCCUCCCACCUGAGCCACCGGACCCCCGAGUCAGCAGGGGCUGGUGGAAGAAGGGGGCAUGGCAGAUUCUGGCCAGGUGUUUGCCUACUUGACGGAUGGGGAUACUGAGGCCCAGAGUGGCCCAUGGACCGGCCACAUCCUCUGUACCUGCACUCUCCUGCCUAAGCUCCCACCAGCCUCCUCUGGCAAUAUACAGGGUGGUGUGAGGCAGCUGCCUGGAGAGACCUGGGUGUCCCCACACCCCCUCCUGGGGCCCUGGGGCUUCCCUGAGCCCCAGCCUCACCCUGGCUACACGCUGGCCUCCAGGGCCUGGGGCUGCCGGCCCCUGUGGCCGCUCUAGCCCUACCUGGCCCCGUUCCCUCAACCCCGGUCCCAGGACUUGGGCUGCCCUGCCUGCUGUCCGGGAGGACUCCUGCUCCCCGGCCCUCCCGCCGGCCCGCUCAGCUCCCUGAAACCUGCCCGAGGGUGGAGCUGCAGGCUCAGGGCUGGCGUGUCCUGUCUGGAGUCCCCCCACCCCCAUCCCCAUCCCCGAGUUAUCAGCGUAGGGAGAGGGACUGGCCAAGGUCAGAGAGACGGCUUGCCUGGCUCUGGUCACUGCCCAUUGUCUGCUGCCCAGUUGGGCUGUUCUCUUAGCAGAAGCCCUUGGAGACUUGUUCUUGGGCCACCAACAAGCCAAGUGGCCUGGACGUUGGCCUGGGGCUGGUGCCCUGGCUGGGCCGCGGCUCUGCGGGCAGCACGUUCGCCCCCAAACCCCAGGACGCUGUGAGCCUCUGGGCUGCUGGGAGCACCCUGCCCCGCGGCCUGCCCCUCGCCCCGAUCCUGGACACCACGUGUGCACGUCCUGCGUCCUCGGCCACCGGACCUGGUUAACUUAUAUUGUUAUAUAGCGUCCAAAUGUUUAUAGUGUCUUUUAAGUUAUUGUGACCUACACUGGGUACUGGAGGUGAGGGGGUGGCUGCGGCCACUGUCCCCUGAGCCAGGCUCCUCCUUCUGCUUGAAAUGGACCCUCGGGGCCUCUGAUGCCACUGAGGCACUGCACUGUCCCUGGGCCACCAGGCACCCCACUGAGCCCCACCCCCACAGUCUGUCUGCCACAGACCCUUCCCUGGGGGGAGGGAGGGGGCCCCUGUGGCCCAGGUGGGGACCCUGGUCACCCUCAUGCCAUGCGCAGGGGCAGUGGUGGCCAGGCAUGGCAUGUCCCCGAAGCACCCCACUCCUGGCGGGCUGCAUGGCUGGCCUCCCCCAAAGGGGGCCACUUGGCCUCAAUAAAAGCUGGAAUCAGAA